GGGGAGGGGCCGAGCCGGAGGCGGCUCACCUGGCGGGACAGGUGUCUGGCUGCAGCAAACCAUGCAAUGAGCCAUGCCCCGCCCUGGACACCCCCGCCCAUCAUCUGGGCCACCACGCUUGGGACCCUGGGAGCAGCCAACAGAACUAUGUCUGGAGACAUAUGAUGAACCACCCCAGCCCCCACCAAGCCACCGUACCCGUAAGCCAGACCCCAAGGACCCUGGUCACCGUGGGCCAGAGAGCAUUACCUUCAUCUCCGGCUCUGCAGAGCCAGCCGCCGAGCCCCCCACCUGCUGCCCACUCUGGCGACCCUGGGUGUGGGACUGGUGCCGGGCUGCCUUCUGUUUCCGCCGCUGCUGGGAUUGCCUCCAGCGCUGUGGAGCCUGUGUGCGGGGCAGCAGCCCCUGCUUGUCUCCUGGGGACUCCACUGAGGGGGCUGCAGAGGCCAACUGGGCCAAAGAGCACAAUGGAGUGCCCCCCAGCCCCGACCGUGCCCCCCCCAACCGGCGGGAUGGCCAGCGGCUCAAGUCUGCCAUGGGCAGCAGCUUCAGCUACCCUGACGUCAAGCUCAAAGGCAUCCCCGUAUAUCCCUAUCGCAGCUCCACCUCCCCAGCCCCCGACGCAGACUCCUGCUCCAAGGAGCCACUGGCCGAGCCCACACCCAUGCGGCACAGCCUGCCCAGCACCCUUGCCAGCAGUCCCCGCGGCUCCGAGGAAUACUACUCCUUCCAUGAGUCGGACCUGGACCUGCCUGAGAUGGGCAGCGGCUCCAUGUCAAGCCGAGAGAUUGAUGUGCUCAUCUUCAAGAAGCUGACAGAGCUGUUCAGCGUACACCAGAUCGAUGAGCUGGCCAAGUGCACAUCAGACACUGUGUUCCUGGAGAAGACCAGUAAGAUCUCGGACCUUAUCAGCAGUAUCACCCAGGACUACCACCUGGACGAGCAGGAUGCUGAGGGCCGCCUGGUACGCGGCAUCAUUCGCAUCAGUACCCGAAAGAGCCGUGCCCGCCCACAGACCUCCGAGGGGCGCUCAACUCGGGCUGUUGCCCCCACUGCUGCUGCCCCUGACAGUGGCCAUGAGACCAUGGUGGGGUCAGGGCUCAGCCAGGAUGAACUGACAGUGCAGAUCUCCCAGGAGACGACAGCAGAUGCCAUCGCCCGGAAGCUGAGGCCUUACGGAGCCCCAGGGUACCCAGCCAGCCACGACUCGUCAUUCCAGGGCACUGACACAGACUCGUCAGGGGCACCCCUGCUCCAGGUGUACUGCUAACCCACUGGGCCCAGCAGCCCUGACCUCUUCUGGGAGAAGCACAGCCUGCAGAAUGAAGAGGAAGACCAGGACCUCCUCUUGGGGAGGCUGGGCCAUGAGCCCAUAACCAGUACCCACUCUGGCUCCUCCUGCCUUGGCUGACUGGUUCCUGGACCACGUGCAUUUCACUGGGCCAUGGUG